UCGGUGAGUACGUGUCGUUUUUUACGCCGCAUUCCGGUGGGUCUUCCCGCGAACUCGGCGAUAUAACCUCUGUUGCGACGGACACGUUCUUAUCGUUGUCGUACUCGUGAUCGUCCUCGUGACCGUUCUUCACUACACGAUAUGCGUUACCUCGUCGAGCAACGGCAACAAGAACAACGCACGAUCGGCGUGUUGGCGAUUGUGCGUGCACGCUUGUGAAACCCGACGGUGCCCGACGGUCGUUGUGACGUGAGGACUUGUGGUUGGUGUUUCAUCAUCAGUUUUGUGUGCGUGCGUCUCUCGCCGUUUGUACACGCGUGGGUGUUGUGUGUGUAUAUACCGAGGGUCCGAUAUCGUCCCUUUCCACAUCGCGGCUGUGAUGAACGGUGGCGACAGCGCUUACCACGAGGCGCGGUAGUAGAGAAGUCUCGGACGAAGGCGUCACAGUAAUACGUCGGGGCUGCAGGAUGUAUUCCUCCGCCAGUAUCAACGCGGCUACGGCCGCCGGUAUCAAUGCGGCUGCAGCCGCUGCGGCCGCAGCAGCUGCUGCACGACACCCGGUUCCUCCCCAGCCCGGCCAACCGAUUAAGUUCACAGUUCUGGAGUCUUGCGACAGGAUCAAGCAAGAAUUUGAUUACCUGCAGCAGCAGAACAACACGUUAAAGAUGGAGUGCGAUAAACUGGCUUCGGAGAAGAUGGAGAUUCAGCGACACUAUGUUAUGUAUUACGAAAUGUCAUAUGGCCUGAACAUGGAGAUACAGAAACAUAGUGAGAUAUCCAAGAGACUGAACGCUAUUAUCGCUCAAGUACUGCCGUUUCUGCCGCAAGAUCACCAACAACAAAUCGUUGCCGCUAUCGAGAGGGCGAAGCAGGUGUCAAUGGCGGAUUUAAAUUCCGUAAUAGCGCAGAGGCCGGAGAUACCGCAGCUGCUGCAGCAAAUGCACGCGCGGCAAUUGCCACCGGGCGCAGCGAUGGCUCAUCCAGGUUUACCUGGACUUCCAGGAUUGGGGCCGGCUGCCGGGCUUCCGGUAGCGACUUCCGCCUCCGCGGCUUUGCUCGGUCUCGGACUGACGCCCUGCUCGACCACGACCCCCGGCACGACCACCGCCGCGCAUUCCCUGUCGAUGCUCGGCAAGCCGGAUAUCCACCGCGGUCAGGCCGACGAUCUCAAGAGCACCGGAGGUAUGAGCCUGACGGAGGAGAGACACAGAAGCUCGAUAUCGCCGACCGAGAAGUAUAGUCGACCCCGUAGCCCACAAGAGCCCACUCAUCACUCUCAUAACUCUCAGAGUCACCACGACCACUCGAUGCACCCGACAAAGAAAAUGAAGAAAGAUCACGAUAAGGACACGGGUGGCCACAGCGACGGCGAAAAGAGCGAUCAGGAUCUGGUGGUGGACGACGCGAGCGAGCCGAACAGCCCUGUCGUGAACGGCGCGUCGUCACCGCGCGAAAACGGUCUCGACAAGGCUGUGUCGAUGGCCGCUGGCGUGCAGACCGUGAAGAAGGACGCGGCGCCGCCGUCGCCGAGAAGUAGCGCCAGUAGCAACGCGAGCACACCGUCGGCCAAGAAGAUGGAGGAGCGGGAGAAAACGUCGACGCCGAUCUCGAAACCGCUGACUCCUACUUCCGGCUCGGCGGUGAUCGCCGGCAAGUCCACCCCGAACAGCAAGCUGAUGCAAGGCGCGGCUGUGCAAGGUGUACCGACCGCGCUGUCCGCCGUAGCCACAUAUUCGCCGCACUAUUCGUCGGGCGGACCACCACCGCCGCACCAUCUCGCCCCGGUGACCGGCCAGCAUCCCCACGUGGACGUGAUGGCAUAUAAUGGAUACGUGACGCCGCGAGCGGCCGCUUCGCUUCAGCAGCUCUACGAUCCCCACCCGACGAUGCGGGUUCCGAUACACGGCAAGCCUGCGUACAGCUUCCACAUAUGCGACGGUCAGAUGCAGCCGGUGCCGUUCCCGCAGGAUGCGCUAAUCGGACCGGGUAUACCGCAACAUGCCCGUCAGGUCAGCGCUCUCAAUCACGGUGAGGUUGUGUGCGCGGUGACGAUUUCCAACCCUACCAAGUACGUUUACACCGGAGGUAAAGGUUGCGUCAAAGUUUGGGACAUCGCACAAGUCGGUAUCGCAGGCGUGAAACCGGUCUCACAACUGGAUUGUUUACAACGAGAUAAUUACAUUCGGUCGGUGAAGUUGCUGCCGGACGGAAGAACGCUGAUAGUCGGCGGCGAAGCUAGCCAAUUGUGCAUUUGGGAUCUGGUUAGCCCAACGCCAAGGAUCAAGGCGGAACUAACGUCAGUGGCGCCAGCCUGCUACGCACUGGCCAUAUCUCCGGAUUCGAAGGUCUGCUUUAGUUGUUGCAGCGACGGUAACAUCGCUGUGUGGGACUUGCACAAUCAGACGCUAGUUAGACAAUUCCAAGGUCAUACGGACGGUGCCUCCUGCAUCGAUAUCUCCGCCGACGGUACCAAACUGUGGACUGGUGGCCUCGAUAACACGGUGCGUUCGUGGGACCUGAGGGAGGGUAGGCAACUGCAGCAGCACGACUUUACCUCGCAGAUAUUCUCCCUCGGGUAUUGUCCAACCGGCGAAUGGCUGGCUGUGGGUAUGGAGAACUCGCGCGUCGAAGUGCUCCACGCCACCAAGCCCGACAAGUAUGAGCUACGCCUGCAUGAAUCCUGCGUUCUCUCGCUACGUUUCGCCUCAUGCGGCAAAUGGUUUGUCACCACCGGCAAGGACAAUCUAUUGAACGCGUGGCGUACCCCUUACGGAGUUUCGAUAUUCCAGUCGAAAGAAUCUUCGUCAGUACUGAGCUGCGACAUAUCGACGGACGACAAAUACAUAGUCACAGGCUCCGGUGACAAGAAAGCCACCGUCUACGAGGUCAUCUACUAAACGCUCUCGCUAUUAUCAUCAUCAUCAUCUUUAUCACCAUCAGCCCGGCGGCAGUUUGGGGAUGAGCAGGUGGCGACAGAGAGUUCUCUCUCCUCGGAAACUCGGGUCUUUCGAACGGCGACAUUAUCACCGUUGUUGUUAUUGUUACAAGGUUAUUGUUCCUGUUAUUCGCCCCAUAGCAAAGAGGAGAUUGGCACUGUAUCGCCGUCUUGAGGCCGAGUCGUACACGAGGCGUUCAGUGUUUUCUCUGGUUCCGCUAUAGUCGGCUGAUCCAUCGAACCAAAUGCAUUCGCGCUAAUGAAUGGAUUGAGACGUCCUAUAUACACUCUCAUAUUAACGUGCAUAUAGGAAGCGUGUGCAAAAUAUACGUCGGAUGCUUGCCGCCUUCACACAUAUUUGACGACUAUUUGUCCGAAAAUACGUAUAUUUAGUAACAUGCGUAUAACGGAGUCGUUCGUUCAUUAUUCGCGAAUUCACUCGCGUAAUACUGCUAGUCGCGCAUUGGCGAGCAGUAUAUAAGGCCUCCUAAGGUGAGCUCACGUUCACGCCGGGGAGAUCGAUCCAUUUUUGUUCUCGUACUUACGAUACGCAUCGCAUUGCAGACUGUUGUUGAUUCCCAGCAGCGUUCGGGCGAAGCCUCCGUCCCGCUCCGCUGCGUUCAUCUUCUCCUGACCCCGUGUAGUUAGUCCGUCUGUAAAUUGUGUAAAUAACAAGGUUUUAAGUGAUAUCAUUAUAUUUUUAUACUUCCCCCCGAGAGGCAGAGAAUGGCGAAUGAGGAGGGAGCAUGAGGAGAAUUAUUAUUGUAUAUCUCCGAGUUGGAGAGAUUGACGAGAGACGAGACAAGAGAGUUGAUAAAUAAAUGAGUGAUGUAAUAAUCGAGAAA